AUGGACGUCUCCCAGGCUAUAUCUAGCUACAUCUCAAAGAUCGUCAUGCCCUCCGGAGACGCUUCUUCAACAAAAAUGAAAAUAUUGCUUUUGGAUAGGGAAACCAUAUCUAUUGUUUCGACGGCCGUUACGCAAUCAUCAUUACUGAAUCACGAAGUAUAUCUCAUUGAUCGCCUGGACAAUACCGGCCGCGAAAAAAUGCGUCAUCUUCGAUGCCUGUGCCUCCUCCGCCCAUCAUCUGAGAGUAUCCAACUUCUAAUAGAUGAGCUGCGCGAUCCUAAAUAUGGCGAAUAUUAUCUGUACUUCACGAACGUAGCGAAAAAGUCGUCCCUAGAACGACUUGCAGAGGCAGAUGACCACGAGGUGGUGAAAGCUGUUCAGGAACACUUCGCCGACUAUACGGUUAUCAACUCUGAUUUAUUCUCACUCUCGGUAUCUCUUCCACAGUGGCGUAUAUGGGGCCCAAAUCCCGAUGCCUGGAAUGCGGAUUCUCUUCAGAGAUGUUCCGAAGGUUUGCUUGCAGUUUUAUUGUCGUUGAAGAAAAAGCCACUCAUCAGAUAUGAGAAAAGCAGCCCACUGGCUAAAAAACUGGCAUCAGAGCUGCGCUAUCUCAUGUCCCAGGAAGAACAGCUUUUCGAGUUCCGAAAAGUUGACACGCCGCCGAUUCUUCUGAUUCUCGACAGGCGAGAGGAUCCUGUGACACCAUUACUUACUCAGUGGACAUACCAAGCCAUGGUUCACCACCUUUUGGGUAUUCACAACGGCCGAGUUGACCUCAGCAAUGUCCCAGACAUACGGCCGGAGCUGAGGGAAAUUGUCUUGUCUCAAGACCAAGACCCCUUCUUCAAGAAAAACAUGUUCCUAAAUUUUGGCGAUUUAGGUUCGACGAUAAAGGACUAUGUUGAGCAGUAUCAGUCCAAGACGAAAAACAAUGCCAAUAUCGAGUCGAUAGCUGACAUGAAGCGGUUUAUUGAGGAAUAUCCCGAGUUUCGUAAGCUCUCGGGAAAUGUCAGCAAGCAUGUCACCCUCGUAUCAGAGCUAAGUCGACGGGUAUCGGCCCAAAAACUAUUGGAGAAUAUCCAAAAUCUAAUUCAAACCCCCGACAUCACGGCUAAUGCCAAAGUUGGGCUGGUAGCACUAUAUGCUCUGCGCUAUCACAAACAGCAAUCCAAUGCCAUUCCCAUGCUAGUAGAUCUUCUAGUUGCAGCCGGCGGUGUCUCACCGGCACAGUCGAGCCUAGUUAACAAGAUCCUCGCUUACCACCUAUCUCUCCACACAUCUCCAUCUCAGGGCGGAAUUUCCGACAUAUUUGACUCUGCGGGCAUCUUCUCUGGUGCUUCAAGCAGAUUCAAGCUAAAGGGUGUGGAAAACGUGUAUACGCAACACACAUCUCUUUUGGAAAGCACACUGCAGAAUCUCAUCAAGGGUCGCUUGAGGGAACAACAAUAUCCCUUCGUGGAAGGCGGGGGGUCAACAAGAGAUAAGCCACAGGAUGUAAUUGUCUUUGUCGUGGGCGGCGCAACAUAUGAGGAGGCUAAGAUGAUCACCGGCAUAAACGCAACAACGCCAGGGGUGAGGGUGGUUCUGGGUGGCACUUCUAUCCUCAAUGCGGCCACCUUCUUUAACGAAGUCGACGAUGCCUCGCUGCGUGGACUUCCCCGUCGCCAAUUUGCUACGGCAGCGAACUCCAAGUUGGUCUCAGCCAAGCCCAACAAAUUCUUGACUCUCAUCAGCUGUACUAAGUUUUCUGCUAGGCCUUUCGAUGUCAUCGUCAUUGGCGGCGGCCAUGCUGGUGCUGAAGCCUGUGCCGCAGCUGCAAGAACAGGGGCGAAAACUGCAUUGGUCACUCCAAAAAUCGAUAACAUUGGGACUUGCUCAUGUAAUCCGAGUUUUGGGGGUAUCGGAAAGGGAACGAUAAUACGAGAGAUUGAUGCUCUUGAUGGUCUAGCUGGAAAAAUUAUCGACAAAGCCGGUGUCCAGUUUCACAUGUUGAAUCGUAGCAAGGGACCAGCGGUGUGGGGUCCUCGUGCUCAAAUCGAUCGAAAGUUAUACAAGCAAUACAUGAGAGAGGAGCUUGAGUCAUAUCCGAAUCUCUCAAUCGUUCUCGCCAGUGUUUCUGAUAUUAUUUUAUCGAAGCUUGACCCUCCACAGGCACUAGGAGCUUCCAAAUCCGUUGCAGGGGUCCGAUUAGACUCUGGCCAAGUUUUGCCCUCAAACAAGGUCAUUAUUACCACUGGCACGUUCUUGGGCGGCGAAAUACACAUCGGUCUCCAGAGCUACCCGGCAGGGCGACUGGGUGAAGCAGCUACCUUUGGAUUAAGUAAAUCGCUUCGGACUGCAGGCUUCCAGCUCGGAAGACUCAAGACCGGUACACCUCCGCGGCUGGAUCAAAAGACCAUUGACUUUAAGGAGCUGGAGGUUCAAUAUGGAGACACACCGCCCACUCCGUUCUCCUUUUUGAAUAAUGCUGUGUCCGUCGCGGAUCAGCUGACCUGUAGCAUUACACACACUACCGACGCAACUCACCGAAUUGUACGUGAAAACCUCCAGAACACCGUUCAUAUCCGAGAGACAAUUAAGGGUCCAAGGUACUGCCCAUCCUUGGAGUCCAAGGUUCUUCGCUUUCCAGACAAAGAGCGACACAUAGUUUGGCUUGAACCAGAAGGCUUCGAGAGUCAAAUUGUAUAUCCUAAUGGGUUGUCAAUGACCAUACCACCUGAGGCUCAGAAGCAGGCAUUGCGAACUAUCAAAGGCCUCGAGCGGGUAGAAAUGCUGCAGCCGGGCUACGGUGUUGAAUACGACUACAUCGAUCCUCGUGGGCUCAAAUCCACGCUCGAGACUCGAGCUAUCCACGGUCUAUACCUCGCGGGGCAGAUCAACGGUACCACUGGCUACGAAGAAGCCGCUGGGCAGGGUGUCAUGGCAGGCAUUAACGCAGGGCGAGUUGCUCAGGGAUUGUCCGAAGUGUCAAUAUCCAGAUCCGAUGGUUAUAUUGGAAUUAUGAUAGAUGAUCUCAUUACGAAGGGCGUUACGGAGCCCUACAGGAUGUUUACAUCCAGAAGCGAAUUCCGCAUGGCGGCCAGAGCUGAUAAUGCAGAUCUCCGGCUUACGGAGAAAGGUCGGGACUGGGGCGUAGUCUCUGAUUCCCGCUGGAAAGCAUUUUCAGACGAGCGUCAGCAGAUUGACGAUCUUACAAAGAUACUCAACUCGGUGUCUCUCACAUCCACACAAUGGUCGGAACAAGGUUGGCAUCUCAAGAAGAACUCGCCGCGCCGGGCAGGUAUUGAUAUUCUUCGACUAUCGAAUACCGGGACUCGAGUUGAUCUUCAACAGCUGAGCACCUCCAUUCCGGAAAUUAAAUCAUACUCGACUCGGGUUAGAGACCGUGUUGCUAUUGAAGCCGUAUAUGCACCAUAUGUCAGGAUGCAAGCUGCUGAACGAGGUCGGUUCGCCUAUGACGAGAGCGUUCGCCUGCCCUUAGACAUCAAUUACGACGCCAUACCCGGUCUAGCCUUAUCUGAAAAGGAACUACUGAAACUUGCGUGUCCAGAAACCCUAGCACAAGCACGUAGAGUCGAAGGCGUUACUCCCGCAGGUACUGUCAGGCUCCUGGCACACAUACGCCAGCGCUCUCUUUCUGAUGCGCCGCGAGUGAACUAG